AUGGGUCCAAAGAUAUCUCACAGAGACCAGGAGUCCGUCUAUCCCAGAUACUGCUGUUUGAUGCUCAUCCUCUUCAAACCCUGGAGAUCCGUAUCUGAUCUCAAACAAGCAACACAAUCAUGGACUGAGAGCUUUGAGACAUUCAGACGCACAUGUAAUGAAAAUAUUGUUUUCAUCUUGAACAACAUGCAGUUAUUGUACGAGUGUAAAGACAGCUGUGAUGAUCAUUUUGUGAACCACCGGCUUUGA